UGUCAAGCUUGACCGUCAUAUUGUCUCCAAUAAAAUAUAUAAACAAACCCAAAAUAUUGGUUGGACGAUUCUGAAGUUAUAAUACAGACAUAAGUGUUACCACUUACAGUAUUACUCAAAAAUUAAUAAUUGGUUUUCUGGUUUGAAAAUAGAUUUAAACGUCGUUUAUAUAUAGAACAUCAACUUUAUACGCAUAUUUGGUGACGGAUUAUGAACUGUGCAACCAUUAUUGUGAUAGCUUCGAUAUCUGUUGUAUUUUACCUCAACUCAGUAACUGCUCAAGUAAAUGUCGACAUAACUGGUGGCGGAGGAGGCGGCGGUGGUGGUGAUCAAGCACCUGGCGGUAGAGGUGGCGAUGUCAAUACUAAGAUUGUCAUAAAAGGAGUUGGAAGAGGAGGUAUAAAAGUAAACGGAAACGGAGUUCGACAAGGAGGUAAAGGCAGAUUAAAUAAUAAAGGUAGAAGACGAGGAGGACAAAACAUCGGGUUUGGAGGAAGAGGACAAGUUCGAGGGAGAGGACAAGUUUGGGGGCGAGGACAAAUUCGAGGACUAGGACGAGGCGGGGGUCAGUAUAGAGGAUCACUAGGACAUGCUGGUGGAUUUAGACGUUUUUAGUUAUUUUAAUUUUAAAGGGAAUAAAACUUCAAAUAUCA